AUGAUAUCCUCAAUCAGAUUACAGAGCUUUGCUCGAUCCAUGAUUACCCGCCGAACGCUUGCCACGGCCGCCGGUAUUCCUCAGAAUCUUACCGAGAAAAUUGUACAGAAGUAUGCAGUUGGUCUGGCUCCAGGCAAGAAGGUCCAGUCUGGCGACUACGUUUCGGUCCAGCCCUCUCACUGCAUGACCCAUGAUAACUCGUGGCCCGUUGCCACCAAGUUUAUGGGAUUGGGUGCCACCCGUGUUAAGGACACUAACCAGGUUGUUUUGACCCUGGAUCACGACGUUCAAAACAAGAGCGAAAAGAAUCUUGAAAAGUACCGAAAUAUUGAGAACUUUGCUAAGAAGCAAGGCCUCGACUUUUACCCUGCCGGCAGAGGUAUCGGCCAUCAAAUCAUGGUUGAGGAAGGCUAUGCUUUCCCCUAUAACCUGACAGUUGCUUCUGAUUCACACUCUAACACUUAUGGUGGUGUUGGUUGCCUUGGUACCCCAAUUGUCCGCACGGACGCUGCGUCGGUCUGGGCUACUGGCCAGACUUGGUGGCAGGUCCCACCUGUGGCCAAGGUCGAACUCCAAGGUAAGCUGCCUGCUGGUGCUUCCGGUAAAGACGUUAUUGUUGCUUUGUGCGGCAUCUUUAACAAUGACGAGGUUCUGAAUCAUGCCAUUGAGUUUGUCGGUGAUGGUCUUGAGCACCUUUCUGUCGAUGAGCGUCUUACUAUCGCAAACAUGACAACUGAAUGGGGUGCCCUUAGUGGUCUUUUCCCUGUUGACAAUGUUCUUAUUAACUGGUACAAGAACCGGUUGUUGGUUCUCCCCCAGCCCCACCCCCGCGUUAACGCUGAGACUGUUGAGGCUUUCCAAAAGGCUCAAAUUCACGCUGAUGUUGAUGCCAAGUACGCUAAGAAGCUUACUCUCGACCUGAGCACAGUUUCUCCCAUUGUUUCUGGUCCUAACUCUGUCAAGGUUUCCACAUCUCUUGCUGAGCUUUCUGCUAAGAACAUCCCAAUUCAAAAGGCUUACCUUGUUUCGUGCACUAAUUCGAGACUUUCUGAUAUCGAGGCUGCAGCCAAGGUUAUUAAGGGUCGCAAGGUCGCUGAUGGCGUUGAAUUCUACGUUGGUGCUGCCUCCAGCGUUGUGCAAAAGGAUGCUGAGAAGAAUGGUGCAUGGAAGACUCUGUUAGAAGCUGGUGCCAUUCCUCUUCCCGCUGGCUGCGGACCCUGCAUUGGCCUUGGUGCUGGUCUUUUGAAGGAUGGUGAGGUUGGUAUUUCCGCCACUAACCGUAACUUCAAGGGUAGAAUGGGUUCCCGUGAUGCUCUUGCUUACCUUGCCUCUCCUGAGGUUGUCGCUGCUUCUGCUGUUCUCGGUAAAAUUGGUUUCCCCGAGGAGAUUGAUGGUAAAGCACCUGCUAAUGCUGGUGGCAUCAAGCACUCUAUCGAGUAUCCUGCUGCCGAUGCCUCUGCUGCUCCUGCCGAGGUUUCUGCUCCUGAAACUUCUUCUGGAAGCAUUCUUGAGGGUUUCCCCGAAGUUAUCGAAGGAGAGCUCGUUUUGUGUGAUGCAGACAACAUUAAUACUGAUGCCAUUUACCCGGGCAAGUAUACAUAUGAAGAUGAUGUUCCUAAAGAGAAGAUGGCCCAGGUGUGCAUGGAGAACUACGAUCCUGAUUUUGGUUCCAAGACCCAUGCUGGUGAUGUUAUCAUCAGUGGUUUCAACUUUGGCACAGGCUCGAGUCGUGAACAGGCCGCUACAUGCAUUUUGGCCCGUGGAAUCCAACUGGUUGUUGCUGGUUCCUUUGGUAACAUUUUUAGCAGAAACAGUAUCAAUAAUGCUCUGCUGACAUUGGAAAUUCCUGCUCUUAUUAACAUGCUUAGAGAGAAGUAUGGCGAGAACAAGGAUGUUACCCAGAGAACUGGUUGGUUCAUCAAGUGGGACGUUAAGAGCUCUACUGUGACUGUUACCGAUGGCCAGAAUGGACCAGUUGUUCUGACACAAAAAGUUGGUGAACUUGGCAAGAAUCUUCAAGAGAUUAUUGUUAAAGGUGGCCUUGAAGGUUGGGUUAAGGCUCAGCUGUAG